UGCAACACUUGCAUUAUUGCGGUAUUAUAUGUGUGUGCAAGUCUGCUGUCAGCCAACAAACAGCAAAUUUUCAUAAUCCCGUUGCCGGCAAUUGUGAAAAAUUAAUAAUUUAAAGAAUUAGUGAAGAUUGUUUAAAGAUUAAGUUGUGAUUGCGCGAUUAACAAAGCACCGCAGAAUAGUUGUUGAUUCGUAGCUACUUCAACAUGCGUUUGGCAAUAUUUCUUUUAAUAUUGUGCAUAUUCGAAUAUGCGGUCAGCGUUGACCACACUAAUUUCAAAACAUGCGAACAAAGCAGCUUUUGCAGGCGUUGCCGCAAUGUAAAGCCUGAUAAUCCAAAAUUCGCUUUGGUACCUGGUACGCUCAAUACAUACUCCGAUUCUAUAACUGCGGAACUGCAACAUAAGGACAAUAAGCACAUCUUUACACUAAAAAUAGAAGCUUUGGAGCUGGGCAAUACAUUCCGUUUGUUAGUGGAUGAGAAAAAUCCUUUGAAGCCCCGCUACCGUGUAACAGAUGCACUUAAAUCGGCACCGAAGCCUGGCAGCAUUAAGGUGCAAGAGGGUGAAUCUGAAUUCACUAUUACAUCGGGUCCCAAUAAAGCUGUGGUCAAAGCCGAUCCAUUCCGUGUUGAUUUCUAUCAAAAUGACGUUCUCACCGUCUCGGUUAAUGCUAAGGGUCUUAUGACUUUUGAAUAUUUGCGUCCGAAGCCACAGCAACCAGCCGAGGGUGCUAACGAUGCUGCCGCUAAUGAAGUGAAGGAAGCGGAUGAAAUCACAGAAGCUGGUGCUUGGGAGGAGAACUUCAAAUCACAUCACGAUUCAAAACCAUACGGACCGGAAGCAAUUGCACUCGAUUUUACCUUCCCAGAAGCAGAGGUGCUAUUCGGUUUACCCGAACAUGCCGACUCGUUUGUUUUAAAAUCCACCUCUGGUACAGAUCCCUACCGCUUAUACAAUACCGAUGUAUUUGAGUAUAUACUCGAUAGCAAGAUGGCGUUGUACGGUUCAGUGCCGGUGCUUUAUGGUCAUGGUACGCAACGCACUGCAGGUGUUUAUUGGCAGAAUGCUGCAGAAACCUGGGUUGAUAUAUACACUGCGGAAAAGAAUGUUGUAUCGUCGAUCGUCAACUUCGUGUCAGGCUCUCGCAAGUCGGAUCCCCUAGCGGCGCACUUCAUGUCUGAAUCCGGUAUUAUAGAUGUAUUCGUUUUGCUGGGCCCAACGCCACUCGAUGCUUUCAAGCAAUAUACUGCACUUACUGGAUCCGCACCUUUGCCACAAAUGUGGAUGCUGGCUUAUCACCAGUCACGAUGGAAUUACAAUAAUGAAGGUGAUGUUGCUGAGGUGUCCGCCAAAUUCGAUGAAUAUGAUAUUCCAAUGGACACACUGUGGUUGGAUAUUGAACAUACCGACGGUAAGCGCUACUUCACCUGGGAUCAGUUUAAAUUCCCCAAUCCACUGGGCAUGAUUCAGAAUUUGACUGCCGUUGGACGUCAUUUGGUGAUCAUUGUGGAUCCACAUAUAAAGCGUGAUACACACUAUUUCUUCCACAACGAUUGUACGGAACGCGGUUAUUAUGUAAAGACGCCAGAGGGCAACGACUACGAAGGUUGGUGCUGGCCCGGUGCUGCUAGCUAUGCGGACGUUUUCAAUCCUGCCGUGCGCGCCUAUUAUGCUACUCAAUAUUUGCCAUCGAAUUUUAAGACUAUUUCUACCGAUGUCAUGAUCUGGAAUGACAUGAACGAGCCAUCGGUUUUUAAUGGCCCCGAGGUAACUAUGCCAAAGGAUAUGGUGCAUUAUGGCAAUUGGGAACAUCGUGAUGUACAUAAUAUUUAUGGACACAUGUAUGUGUUGGCCACAUUCGAGGGCCUGAUCGGUCGCGAUCCAAAUCAACGUCCUUUCAUAUUGACACGCUCUCAUUUUGCUGGCACACAACGUUAUGCUGCAGUUUGGACUGGUGACAAUAUGGCUGAAUGGGGUCACUUGCAGCAUUCCAUUAAAAUGUGUCUAUCUGAAGCUAUUGGCGGUUUCUCUUUCUGCGGUGCAGAUGUCGGCGGUUUCUUUGGUAAUCCUGAUGCUGAAUUAUUUGAACGUUGGUAUCAAACCGGCGCGUUCUUGCCAUUCUUCCGUGCUCACUCACACAUCGAUACAAAGCGUCGUGAACCGUGGUUGUUUACCGAAAAGACACGUUUGAUUGUACGCGACGCUUUGCGUAAACGUUACUCGUACUUACCGCUAUGGUACACGAUGUUCUAUGAACACGAAGUGACAGGCGAACCUGUCAUGCGUCCCCUACUAGCGCAUUAUCCAACGGAUAAAGAAACUUUUGCCAUUGACAAUGAAUUCCUCUUGCAAGAUCGCUUGCUUGUGCGUCCCGUUAUGGAUCAGGGUGUUAAAAAAGUGAAUGUUUAUUUCCCGGCAAUCGAUGACAAAAAGAACGGUGAUGUAUGGUAUAGUGUCGACACGUUUAAGAAAUACACGAAUGUUGGCUAUGAAGGCAUUUCCGUCGAAAGUGAUACGAUUCCAGUCUUCCAACGCGGCGGCACUAUUAUACCUAAAAAAGAGCGUAUACGCCGUGCCGCCACGCUCAUGAAGAACGAUCCAUACACCCUGGUUAUAUGUCUGAACCGUGCAGGUAAAGCCGAGGGUACACUCUACGUGGACGAUGAGAAAUCUUACGAAUAUCGCAAUGGUGUAUACAACUAUAUCAAAUUCAAUUUCGAAAAUAACAAGUUGGAUGUCAAUCCGAUUGGCGAACUUAACUAUAAGACACCCGCUUGGAUUGAGCGCGUGGUCAUAGCUGGCCUGGAACGUGUGCCCAAGUCGGCCACACUUAUUAUCGAUGGCAUUUCGCAACAGCUGGAGAUACUACCUCACGGCGAGGCUAUAGCCAUACGCAAGCCAGGCGUAUCCGUGCAACAAAUAUAUAAUAUUAGACUUAAUUAUUAAAAUUGCAAAUAGACAGUACACAAUAAUUAAUAUAUGGGAGCUCAAUGUUCAUUAAAUAACGACACAUUUCCAAGCAGCACAGCUCAGCAAACCCGUUUGUACUCUUCAA